CCCACGAAUUCAAACUGGUUUUUAUUUUUGGGGCAAGUUCCUGCCACUUGUUCUUCAAAACAAGUCCCUCUCACUUGUUCUUCAAAACGCUUCGUGAACUGUUCGUGAGAUAUGUCCCUGCGACCAGUCCCUUCGUGUAAACUCUUCAGGGGACUAGUUGUAGGGACUAUUCGCAGGGACUACUAGAGUCCCCUUCUCUGUGCCGACCUUAAUAUCGACUUUAAAAAGUUUGGCAGACUUCUUCGAACUCUCUCCGUGGACAAAUCGGAAAAAAAAAUUUACAAUUUGCUCUCCCUCCAACAUUUCACUGAAUCUUCACCUUGGCGUUCUAGUUAGUAUUGAUUUCACAAUUUUAGUACUGUUUCCCACAAAAUUGCGACCCGAUCCGAUCCAAGCGCCCCUUUCCAAUCCGGUCCAAUCCGGUCCAGUCCGAUCCAGCGAUCCAGUCCGGUCCAUUCCCUCACUUCCGAGUUGAAAGGCACGGUUACAAAGCUGUCGCAAAUUAGGGCGGCUACCAAGCAAGAUGUCCGCAACUUCUUUCAUGUUCAAAUAACAUUUAAUUUGCCCAACACAACAUUACAGUGUUUCGUGUUUUCUAGGAUGGGAAAAAGGUAUCACUGUGAAUACUGUAACAGAUCUUUUGCUGAUACUCCGCAUACCAGGAAAAAUCAUAUCAAUGGCGUACAACACAAGAGGAAUCGAAAGCUCCACUACGAUUCCUUCAAGGAUCCUGCAGUUCUCCUAGCUGAGGAAUCCAGCAAACCACCUUGCCGACAAUUUUUUGCCACUGGAUCCUGUGGAUUUGGUGCUAGCUGUUGGUAUUCUCAUGUAAACCCACAAGUGCUGUUGGCAGCACAAACUGCAACUGGACAGACAGCGAAUCAGUCUAAAACAAGUCAAUGUGAAGCAACACUUGAAGAGUGGCUUGACAAGUGGAACAAGAGGCAAAAGAAAAAUGAAUCUUCGGAAAGUUCUGGAAAGUCUGCUCCCCAGUCUACUUACACCCUUCCACCUGGUUUUCCUCCUCUUCAAGAACUCCCUCCUUCCCUGUUGCCACCACCGCCCAGUGGGUACCCGGAACUACCAAGAGUUGAUUGGGGUUAAUGGUGCAGGCAAGGACAAGGUGAAACUAUAUUUGUUCUCACUACCAUCCAGGAGAUAAUUAUUGUCAUUAUGUCCUAAAUUAUGGUCUUACAAGUGUUUGUCUCAAAGCAUAGUUGUGUUGUGUACAAUCCAGCAGAUAAAUUGAAGGCAGGGAAACAACCCCCC